AGGGUUUCAGAGCAAGCUCUUUUUCUUCAAGCCGAUAACGAAAACCCCUAAGCUCUCAAUUCCGUUCUACAACCAUGAGUCGUUCAGGUCAGCCUCCGGAUCUCAAGAAGUACAUGGAUAAGAAGCUCCAAAUCAAGCUUAAUGCUAACCGAAUGGUUACUGGAACUCUUCGUGGGUUUGAUCAGUUUAUGAAUCUUGUUGUGGAUAACACUGUUGAGGUGAGCGGUAAUGACAAAACCGACAUCGGUAUGGUGGUGAUUAGAGGAAACAGCAUUGUCACUGUUGAAGCUCUUGAACCAGUGGGCAGAUCUUCUUAGCUCGUUAUAUGCAUCGGUAAUGAUCUUUUUUUUUGUACUAAGCACUAGCUAUGAGAAAUCUUGGUGGUAGCUUCACAGUUACAAUGAACUGAUUCAGUAAGAAGUCUACAUGAAUACUCUUUUCUUGUACUAAAAAGAUUGCAAAUGA